GACAUAGAACACAAUUAAAGCACGCUGUGCAGUACGCUCAUGCAAGUGAGCUGUAGCUCCGCCCGUUGUGGCGCGGCCGGCGUGCGCAUGCCCGCGACUCCAUCGGUGGCGCGCGCGGCGCAACGAUAUUGCGGCUGCAGCAUCGGCGCAGUUCUCCGCGGUCGUAGACAUGGCGUGGCGCCAGCCAAGUCGCCGGCCGCAUUUCCCCCGGCUGGGUCCCACGGCAUCAGCCCCGAUGCCACCUCCAUGACUACUUCUACGUCGCCAGGGCCGCCUGGCCCGCUGCAUUAUGCGGUGGUCGGCGCGGGGCUGGCGGGCGUGGCGGCGGCGUGGCAGCUGUUGAAGCGCACGCCCCACGGGCGGUCCGUGCAUCUGCAUUUGUACGACGCUGCGGGCAUUGCCGCCGGCGGCUCGGGCGCAGCAGCAGGGCUGCUGCAUCCCUACAGCCCACGGGGCAAGCUGCUGUGGCGUGGGAGGGAGGCUAUGGACGAGGCGAUGCAACUCGUGGCUGCUGCGGAGGCGGCGCACGCGUUCGCGGAGGGUUGCCCACCCGGGCCAGAGCCGGCCAGCAGCGGGCCGUUUGUAUGGCGCCAUGGUCUGCUACGGCCAGCAGCCAGUGCCAAGCAAUCCGCGGACUUUGCAAAGGCGGCCCAGGCAACGGUGGGGGCGGGCCAGCAGGCGGCCCCGGUGGUUCGGGCAACAGACGCUGGGAGCAUGGCCGGCAGCAGUAGCAGUAGCAGCACGCGCAUCAGGGUUGUCAAUGCCGCGGAGCUCGAGGCACUGGUUCCUGGGUUAAGUGUACCGGGGCACGUAGCAGCCGCAGCCCCUUCACUAGGCACUGCUCCGGAGGCUGUACCCGAAGGGCCCGUGACCGUGCCUGCGGGGCCCAGUAGCACGGGCGGCAACCGGCGCGCGCGGCGAGCCGCCGUCGCCGCGGCCACCGCCACAGUCGAUGCGGCGAGCAAUGCGGGUUUACUGAUUGAGUCGGGUCUGGUGCUGGAUGUGGGGCGAUACCUGAGAGGCCUGUGGCUGGCAUGUCAGAUGGAGGCUGCGGCCCGUGAUGACGGCAGCACCGCACAGCUGCGGCUACAGCGCGUGGUGUCACUUGAGCACUUGCGUCCCUCGCCCGCGGCAACCGAGUCUGGAACCGGUGACGACAGGAGCGAGUGCAUCAGCGGCAGCAGCUGCUAUGACGUAGUGGUGGUGGCGGCGGGCGCGGCGGCGGCCACCAUUCAGGAGGUAGCUGCGCUCAGUCUGCCGCUGCAGCUGUGCCAGGGACUCACGCUCGUCAUGUCGUCCCCAGCCGCCGGCCGUGGUGGCGACGCGGCUGUGUGUGGCGCUGGCAGCAGCGAGUACCCUGCGGGCGCUCCCAGCCUGUUGGGCCAGCCCUACCUUGCGGCACAGAGCCGGCAGCGGCUUGUGGUGGGGGCCACAAAGGCCUACGGCUGGAGUGCGGAUCAGGCUCUGGCCGCAUGCUGCCGCUCAGAAUAUGCGGAAGCACACGAUGACCGUGUGCCGGCGGCUGCAGGGGCACCGGCGGAGCGGGAGGCGGUCGAAGCGCUGCGCGCCGCCGCGUGCGGCGUGUGGCGGCCGCUGUCCGACUGGCAGCUUGACCGAGUCAGGGAGGGCGUGCGCGCGCUGCCGCCGCGCACGCAGCACGGCUCCCUGCCGCUGCUGGGUUGCGUGAGCGCGGGGCGGCCAUGGUGGCUGGUGGCGGGGCUGGGCUCGCGCGGCCUGGUGUACCACGGCUGGCUGGGGAGGCUGGUGGCGGAGGCGGCCCUGGGGGAGGCGCUCGCAGGCCCGGCACCUUCGGCGAGCGCCAGCUUUGCGCGGGGACUUGAUAGUGCGGGUACCGGUGGCGUGGGGCUACGAGAGGUGGAAUGCGCAGGUGCCGCAGCGGGGGCGGGGGCGGUGGUGCAAGGUAUGGCCGUGGAAGGGCGGGGAGAGGGCGAGGGAGAGGCGGGGCUGCCAGAAGAGCUGACGGCGUGGCGGCGUGUGGCGCCCGGCGCGGCGGUGUUUGAGGCGCCAUGAGUGCGAGCAUGGGGCUGGUGCGGGGCACACGGUAAUUGCAGCGCCCUCGCCACCGGAUUCUCAAUGGCAGACCGGCUUAUCGCCCGGACAAUGGGGCCUGGACCCCUGGUGGGGGCAUCCGUGGCUCUCGCCGUCGCUGCGUUUCCCACACGACGCAACAGUGUUUGGUUAUAGCGUAGCCAACGGAGCGUUUGCGGCCCUUAAGACGCAUUGUCAAGAGCGAUGUAUUAUACUAUACCAAGGGGUGACUGUUUGGCUCCUCGAAGUCGACAAGUAAUGGGACCGUGUCCCUCAUCCCUGGGCGGGUAACAAGGGGACAGGGCGGGUAGUAUAAGGGGCUCCCCUGGGACAGGGUUAAGGGUUCCCCUGGGACCUGGGUAGUAUGAGGGCAGGGCUGGCCUUACAAACUGUUCCGAUGACGCAGCAGCAGCCGCUACAUUACAGUGCCCGCCACGGGUGCGACAUGCUCCCACGGUAUUAGGGCCAUUCGUGGCUCUCGCCAACGCCGCGUCCCCACACGCUGAAGCAAUGUGUUGAGUUUGCGCCUAGGACAGACGACCACUCAAGACGGUGUAAGAGGCGCGCCUG